AUGGCGGGCGACUUCAGCGAAGGGCGCCUAGAGACGUUCGUCGGCAGCCCACAGAAAGAGUUGGCAGGCACGCAAAACCAAUACGUUUCGUAUCUUGUAACCACAAAGUCAGACUUCCAGUCCUUCCAGAAGCCCGAAUUCUCAGUCCGCCGCCGCUUCACCGACUUUGUCUUCCUCUGGAAACAGCUGUCCAAGGAGUAUCCACAAUGCGCCGUCCCGCCCCUACCCGACAAGCACAAGAUGGAGUAUGUGCGUGGAGACCGCUUCGGUCCGGAUUUUACGCAGAGGCGAGCCCACUCACUGCACCGCUUCCUCAAGCGCAUCGCCUUGCACCCGGUACUGCGGCGAGCGGCCCUGGUCAUCAACUUCCUCGAGAGCCCGGAUUGGAACCAGCACAUGAAGGGCCGCUCGUCGAGAGCCGCUAGCAGCGCCGACCAAAGCUCGGGCGGCUUCGUGGAUGCCAUUGCAGACACGUUUGUCAACACCUUCACCAAGAUCCACAAGCCAGACCAGCGCUUCAUCGAAGUCAGCGAGCGGGCCAACAAGCUCAGCGAGGACCUGAACAAUGUCGAAAAGGUCACGGUCAAGGUAGCCCGGCGGCAGGGCGACCUCGAGACGGACUAUGCCGAUCUGGCGACACAGUGUCAGAAGCUGACCACCAUGGAGCCUGCUGUCGAAGGCAACCUGACGUCGUUUGCCGCGUCUGUUAAUACUACGUCACAAGGCUUCAAGUCGAUCCGCGACCACACAGACCAGAACUACCUGACGAGUCUGCGCGACAUGGAUGCGUACAUUCAGGCCGUCAAGACGCUGCUCCGGACGCGGGAAGCGAAGCAGCUCGACUUUGAGCAGCUGAGCGAAUACCUGGCCAAAUCCGCCGCGGACCGUGACUCGCUCGCUAGUGCGACAGGGGCGGGCAUGGGCGCAUCUGGCUUCCUGCGAUCCAAGGUCGAGGAUUUCCGCGGCAUCGACCACGACCAAGCACGCAGGCAGCGGGUUCGCAAGCUCGAGGUAGAGAUUGAGCGCCUGACGGGCGAGGUGGAACUUUCCAAGAAGGCCAGCGAAGCAUUCGACGAGCACACGGUCAAGGAGGUGGCCGACUUUGAGCGUAUCAAGGCGAUUGAGUUCAAGGACACGCUGGGCGAUCUGGCCGACGCACAUGUCGACUUUUUCCAGGGCACGAUUGAAACAUGGGAGAAGUUCUUGGAGGAUAUGCGGAAGGAGGAGGACCAAAGAAAGGCGGCGGCAGCGUCGUAG